CCCAGGUUUCAACCAGUAGCGCCCGUGAUGUGAAAACAUGAUGACCAUGAACGUUGGUAUGUACCAAUACGAGCCCUAUCCGUACGAUGAACAGCAGUGUCAAUACGAGGAACAGGAAUACCCGGGACGGCACAUCUACUACCCGGACAGCUAUCAGGAUUACCAGGACCAAAAGCCGGAUUAUUACCAGACGCAGGACGUUAACAUCAUCAACGGCCUAUCCUACACAAACCUAGACUACAACUAUCAAAAGCCAGACGUUUACUCGGACCACAGGGUAUUGCCGUCGCAAAGCGAAUAUUUGGACUAUCACGGGCAGCAAGGGCACGAAAUCGAAUACCAGCAACACGAGAUCCACUACGGACACCAGGUCAAAGAAGAGGAACAAGUCGUCCAUCAACAUCACUACGAACAUCACCAGCAACAGGCCAGGUUGCAUCCUCAGCAACCAACUGUGCCCACCUACAAAUGGAUGCAAGUCAAGAGGAAUGUUCCAAAACCGGCAGCUCCAAAACCUGCACCGACGAUGGACUAUAACGGUAUGAAUUACGGAGGAGCUGGUCUCCUUUUGGGCGGUUCAAACGGGGGCGGAAACAGCGCCCUGCUCAACAAUACGGGCAGAACGAACUUCACCAACAAGCAGCUCACCGAGCUGGAGAAGGAGUUCCACUUCAACAAGUACCUCACGCGGGCGCGAAGGAUAGAGAUAGCCUCGGCCCUCCAGCUGAACGAGACCCAGGUGAAGAUCUGGUUCCAGAACAGGAGGAUGAAGCAGAAGAAGAGGAUGAAGGAGGGCCUCGUCCUACACGACGGACCCGGCGGGACUUCGGCCAAUUCGCCCCUCGAGCAACACGACGACAGCAGGGAGGCGCUGUGAAACGCGAACUAUCCGACAGAGAUGAACAACGGACUGUAGAUUUGACAUGUGCAAAAUCAAUUUUGGUCAACAGGUUUCGUAAAAUUAAAAGUGGUUAAUACAAUUUAAUAAAUAAAAAUUCCUAAACUUCUAUACAUUCCAAUUUUAUCUUAAACCAGUGAAUGAAUGUACUAUCUUUUAGUCAGUACUUUUUUUUUUUGGGGGGGGGGUUAUGAUUUUUUCAAAGUCAUAAAAUGGGUGUCAACAAAAACAAGAUAAACACUGGACUGAGGAAAGAAAUUAACUUAAAUAUAUUUUAAGUCUCAAUGCUUCUUCAAGACCUCUAAUUUCUGCAAUCAAACCUUAAAUAAUCAAACUUUCUUAAUAAAAGCUCUGUAUCUUACUUAAAGAGCUUUAAACCAAUAAUUUCUUCUUU